AUGAACACAAACUCGCAGCCAAAAGGCACGGCCUAUUUUCGUUCGUCUCCGUACACGAAUAUCAGGAUGGACACAAGUUCAACUGGAGCACCAUUCACAUAUUGGCUCAAGCGAGAACAAAGAAAGACCAACACAGAGUCGGACAAAGUAAAAAGAAACAAUCAGGCUGCAGCAAGGAAACUAUCAAAAAUAGAAGCUGCCGUCACAACCAGCCAGAUUCAAGGAAGGAAAACCACAACGAAACACAGAGCGGGAACGGACCAACUGCAAACAGACCCGAAGCACCCCAAAGCAGCCAUCCAAAGAACCAAUAGAAUAAAAGGCACACAGACCACAACGCAGCAAAAAAUCACGCUUUGGCAAACUGGCAGUAUCCCAGCCCUCGUGCUUCCUUCGGGUGGCGUGGCAGCUAGGCACCGAAAGGGUGCUAUAGCUGAACGAAAUUAG